UGUUGGUAUAAGAGUACAUGAGCAAUGGUUCACUUGCAUCUGCUAUUUACACCUGAAAAACAACUUUGUUGGAUCAGCGGAUGGAUAUUGCCCGCAACAUAGCCAAAGGACUCAUCUAUCUUCAUGAAGAUUGUGAAACCCGAAUUAUCCAUUGUGAUGUAAAGCCUCAAAACAUACUCAUGAAUGAGUAUAACUGUGCAAAAAUAUCAGACUUUGGAUUGGCCAAACUUUUGAAGCCUGACCAGACUAGAUCCUUUACAAGAAUCAGAGGGACAAGGGGGUAUGUUGCCCCAGAAUGGCAAAGGAAACUACCUGUUACAGUCAAAGCAGAUGUUUACAGCUUCGGCAUUGUAUUAUUAAAUAUCACAUGUUGUCGACGGAGUGUGGACUGGACCCUUUCUGAGGAGGAAGCUAUUCUUGAAGAGUGGGUUUACCAUUGUUUUCAGGCUGGGCAGCUCGGAGAAGUUGUACGUGAUGAAGAUGUUGACAAGCUACAGUUGGAGAGGACGGUUAAAGUGGGACUUUGGUGUAUCCAGUAUGAGCCAUCACUUCGUCCUUCAAUGAAGAAGGUUCUACUGAUGUUGGAAGACAUAGUAGAUAUUCCACUACCUUCCAAUCCAACUUCUUCUCUUAGUGCCAUUUAAAAAUGUGUGUGCUUUUCUAAUAAUUGAAAAUUGUGAUUAACAGUUGGGUUUGCCCUAUUUUAUUCCCAGGAUGUUUGUGAUGUGUGUAACUUCCUUUCUUCAGGAAUGCUAUGAGUGGGUUCCUGUGAACUAAUAUUAAAGAUGCUUGCUUCUAAACAGAAACUAACCCAACCUCCUAUCCAACAAAAAUGAAGGAAAAAACAAACCUAACCCGACCAGCGUCACAACUCUCUCCGUCCAAAUACAAGAAAAA